UCACUAACGGGCGCAAAUGUUUGUAGGGAAGGGGUGAGGGGAGGGGUGAAUUUGAAGAUUAUUUAUAUCAAUUGAUUUUCCCUCAUGUUUUUAACUGAAGAUUGUGAUCUUCAAUUGUUUCUUCAUUCUUGUGAACCAAUCAAUUUUUUGUUCUUCCGCGAGAAACUUUCUUUAUAUAUCUUCGUGGCGCUUAAAUCUGCGAGUCACUUACCCGACCCACUCAUCUCUUCACAAUUCUCGAUCUCGCAUCUUUCCCCUGCAUAUCAUACUAGCUAGGUAUAUAUAGAAAUCGAGCUUCACUCUCGAUCUGACGAGUCACAAUGGUUUCCCAUCAUUUCGAAAGUUUGCCCGCGCCUCCGGUUGAAAAUCUCAGCACGGAAUACAUACUUCAAGAAAUUAUCGACCACAUUGGUAAACUCGCCGAUGAUGUUCCUCAUGUCAAAUUCAAUUUAUUUCGCAAACAACUCUGGGAUAUUAGAAAUCGGAAUGUGGAUCCAAAGACUCAUUUAAGGGGUUUAUUGAGAGUGUUGGAAAAUACUCAUACUUUUAAACAUGCAUUUGAGGAAUUAGAACCAAAUUUGCAAGCGCAAAUUCGAGUUUUUAUGGACGAUGUGGAGGAUGUGAAGGAGGAGGAAAUUAUGAGCAUGGGAAAUGUAAAAGGUGAUUUUCAUAUUCCGCCUUCUCCGGCUGUGAAACAUCAUUUUAAGGAAAUGGUAAAGGAGACGCUGAGGGAGAAGGCUCAUGAGGAGAGAAUUAGGCUGGUGAGGAGUAAAGUGAUGAAGAAGAUUCAAGAAGCGAAAGAAGAAUUGGAGAGGGAGAUUGUGGAGGAGGCUGGGGGACAUAUUGAGAUGAUUCAAAAGGUUGAAGAUCAUGUUGGAGAGUUUUGGGGGAAGCAUCGGGGCCAUGGACAUUCAGGUGCCUCAUUAGAGAGUAAUGAUUCUUCUUCGUUAACUUCGAAGCUGGACUCUCAUUCUAUGUUUGGGAUGGGAAAAUCUCCUAGGAUCUGGGAAGAUGCAAAAGGAUCGAGGAUUAUGGAAGUCCAUAAAAAUGCUCCGUUUCAUAAUUGGGGAAAUAGCGUCAAGAAUACUCCUCUCUAUACUUUCGUUCCUACUACCAUACUUGGUCUUUCAAAUCUUGUCAAGUGGGCCAAAGUUGAAGGAUAUAGAGUUCGAUGUAGCGGAUAUAGACAUUCGUGGAGUAAUACCUUUUCCCAGGAUAAACAGGUUUUGGUUAGUAUGUUGAAUUUGGAAAGUGUGGAGAAGAUUCCGGAUGUCAUGAGUAUUACAAAGGACAAAGGGGAUGUGGAUUUAAAUGGGGAUGGUGUGGUGGAUGUUAAUGAAUUGAAGACGAUAGAGUUGGCGCCCGAUAUUGAGGGCUUGAGUUUAACUGCUGGGGAGGAGGGAAAGAUGCUUUGUAGAGUUGGUGCGGCGGUUACGAAUGAACAGUUUAGGAGGUGGGCGGUAGGUCAUGGGAAGUGGGCGUUACCAGUGGAUGUUAUUCUUGUUGAGUAUGGUUUUCCUUUUCUCUUAUUGUCUUUAUGCAACACCUCGUUCGUAUCUAGAUUUUGGAAAUCAAAAACUAAUAAAAACAGAGUCACAGCAGGCGGUGUCAACGGACCAAUAUGUCAUGGAGCUGGUCGUCGUCAUCAAACUGUAUCCGACUACGUCCGAGCCAUCGAAUACAUCGACGCAAACGGAAUCCACCGCACCAUAACCAAACCCUCCCAUCUCCGCGCCGCAGCAGGCUGUUUUGGACUCCUAGGCAUCGUAACCCACAUCACACUCCUCCUCUCCCCCAUGACCUACGCCAUCCUCCAACCCAGCAAACCCGACAUCGCACUUGCGAUCCCCCCGCUCUCUCCCACCGACAUCCCCAUCGCGCUGCGCAAAUCCUGGACCCCGGCGCAAUAUGCCGAGGCCCUGAGAGACUUUGAAGAUAAAGCCAAUAAUGAUUAUUACAGCGAGUGGUUUUGGUUCACGAGGAGUCAGCAGGCUUGGGUUAAUUCGUGGAAUGAUACGAGUGAUCCUGAGGGUGCGGUUGAGUAUCCCAGUCCGUUUGAUACUUUUGUUCAGUGGGUUCAGGGGUGGGUGGGGAGUGUUUUGACGGGAAGUGAGGUUUUUGGUCUUUUGCCUGGACGGUGGCAGGCUUGUAUUUUGAGUACUUUUGGGAGUGAGUUUCCUUUUUUUUUCCUUGUUGUUUUUUGGGGCGUUUGUGGGCUUGAGUGGGUGGUUUGGCUGGGUCAGAGGGUCAGAGGGAUAUUUUGCAACAGCAUCUACUAAUCUACACAAUAGUGGUCGCACUCCCUCCCUUCGAAUUCAAUGAUUUCGAACAAAAGAAAACAGUAGAAUACAAAACCGCACUUCCCAAUGCUCUCCAUUUUCGACGCGGUGUAAGUUUUCAUUCUCAUCCCAUCCAUCCAUUCAUCCCUUUUCCAUAAUAAAUCCACUAACAUCCCGUCCCGCAGAUCCAAAACAUGCGCGUCCGAGACCUCGAAUUCCAAAUUCCCAUCCCAUGUCUCCCCAACGCAACCCCAGACUACACCAUCGUCCGCCGCGCCUGGUGGGACAUCAUCCAACUCUGCUAUCGCGAUACCGAAACCCCCAUGCGUCUCACGCUCGAGCUACGUAUCAUGGGAGACUCGAAUUUGAUCAUGGCACCGCAAAAAGGAAAUCGAUGGGGCACAGCUAGUAUUGAGAUUUUGACUAUCCCCGACGCGGUAAAAGACGAGGAGUGGGCGCCUUUUUGUCAGGAGGUGGUGGAUUUGUGGGCGAAAUAUAAGGGGUGUAUGGAGGUUGGGGGGAAGGAGAUAGAUUUGGAUAUUAGGCCGCAUUGGGCGAAGGAGUGGGAGAAUGUUUUAUUAGGGGAAGAGAGGGAUUAGGAGGAGGUGGUAUAAGGAAGAUUGGGAGGAGGGGAGAUUGGGGGAAAGGGGGUGAGGGAGAAGGGAAGGUGGUGAAGGGAGAAUGGGGAAAAUGGUGAAAGAAUCAGGGAAAUAAGGAAAGCAGAAAAUCUUAAGCUGGACGAGGCGAAAGUAACCAAACCAGAAGCAGAAGCAAAAGCAGGAGGAAAACCAAACGAAAUUAAACCCAACACGGUAAACGAACCAACAAACACAAGCACAAGCGCAAGCACAAACAUACAGCAAAAGUCCCCAAAGGACCAAACAAAUCGGCAAUCGACAAUGCAUAUGGGGUUUCGGUUUAAUAGAAGGAAAGUUUAAUUAUUAUAUUAUUACAGUGUAAUACGGAGUAAAAUGUUUUGUUUUGUUUUGUUUUUUGUUUCGUUUGGUGGUACUGUCUUUAGAUUUUUAUAUAACUAUAAGAUUUAAUUAUCUAGAGCUAGAGAGUGUAAGUUUAGUGAA